CCACCUCGGUCCCCCAUCGCCCCCCAUCGCCCCCCGUCUGUUCGCCCCUUGCCGUCCUGAUGCCUGCCGCACGUCCGAAGAAAGAGACCGAUUCCGGUUCUGACGACAUGACACCCAAGGAAGGUCGCUCCGAAAACAGCAAGAUCAAGAGAAAGCGGCAGUCCCAAAGCUGUGAUGCGUGCCGCGCGCGCAAGGUAAGAUGCGCCAGAGAGAACUCGGACGAUCCCCAAUCGUCGUGCAAACAUUGCAUUGCCCUUGGAAUACCGUGCACUUAUGAUUAUCAGCCGAAAAAGCGAGGUCCGCCCAACCUCUACCUGCGUCGCUUGCAAGAGGCCGCUGCCGCCGCCGCCGCUCAACAGGAAAAUCGGGAGUCGGGCGAUACCGCCUCUCCCAUUUCCUCCCGUCACAGUAUUAGCAGCCCUAGCCAGGCAUCUGCCCCCACGCUUUCGGCUCAGUCAACUCCCACUUCCGGAUUCCUCGAACAAUCCUUGGGUGGUAUCUCAGCCCUCUCUCCAACCGCGUCGUUACCCCCAUCCCGCUUCACCAUCACUGCUGAUACGUUUCAUCCGAAUUUCCCCUCACUAACUUCGCCUACUCUGAACUCAACUGCGUUCAGCGCUUCUCGCCUUCCUGAUCGGUCACGUUCUGUUACUAUUGAUGAAACCCCCACGUUCCCGUCUCCGACAGAACAAUUCAGCACCUAUCCAUUAUACAACUGGUCGUAUCGACAGCAUCAGGUCAUACCAGCACCCACAGCCCUACCUGCCCUUUCCUAUUAUUAUCGACCUCACCGACUAGAGGACGUAGCCCCCCGCGAUACGAUCUUGCUAAUCGUAGCUCUUUUCUUCGACUUUGUCUACCCCUUGACUCCAUGCGUACACAAACCUUCUUUUAUGGCCGAUCUUCAUGCCCGUCGAGAAGAACGGGAUCCUCUCUUCUUCGCUUUAGUCAUGUCAACUGUGGCAUCUACACUCGUCCAAUUGCCGCGAUCGUAUCUACCAAUGGAGCGGCAUACCGUUCGGAAGCUUGCUCAAACAUGUCAUGAAGCAAGCAGGCACAUUUCGGUUGCUUCUUAUGACCCUCCAACAUCUAUGCAUGUGGUUAUCCGUUAUUUUGAUUGUGUCUAUCACUUCUGUGAAGGACACGAUGCAACACAGCACGCGGCAUUUGGAGAGGCUGCUCACAUCGCUGUCACCCUUCGCAUGCACGAGGAAGCCUCGUACGAGGGUCUAGAUUUCGUGGAAUGUGAGGUCCGCCGGCGUACCUUUUGGUUGCUGUUCGGAGCGGACAAGUCCAUGUCCAUCCUCCUCGGUCGACCAAUCUGUCUUAGGGAUGAGGACUGUACUGUCCACUUUCCAAAGGAGCUCGAUGACGAAUACAUCACGCCGAGUGCGUACCUCCCACAGCCCCACGGGAAGACGUCUUUGGUGUCGGGACUCAACUAUAUUACCCGGAUCUUUGCUUUGCUUGGCGAGAUACUGGUUCGAAUUCGAGUGGACAAGCGCUCUCCGCCGCAAGGACAAUACGCGACCGCACGUCUCGAGGAAGUUCAAUCCCUACACGGCCGGAUCCUAGGGGCCCUCAUUCAUGCGCCAGAGCCACUUCGAUUGAAACAAACCCAUGCUCAAUCGCAUCUGUCUUCGGACUACGGUGGAGCAGGGUUCAGGCAGGCGACUUUCGCGGAAGUCAAGGACUUCUUCGAUAACCCGAACGCUUCUCGGGCGAACGCCCUCAAUCCCUUCCUCGUCAUGCAAGCAAACCUAUAUGUGACUCAGCAACUCGUCCGAUUCGUGAUCGAGCAGUAUCGAGACGAGCUUGUGACUGCCAUCCGAGGGAACAAUCACGAACAACGCAUCUCUGAAGACCGGGAGGCCGUAGCCAGUGAUCUUCUUAACAUACUCCACAACAUCCCCAUUCAAUCUAUUGCGACCAACGGCCCUUCACUUGUCCAUAAAGUUCGGUUCGUCGCCUCCACACUGCUAGACGCUGUGCGGAAGGCAGAGACGGCGCCUGCAACGGCAGCACGAGCCCAUGCGUUCCUCUGGGACUUUUUGUCUAUCUUGUCCGAGAUUGAACGGAAUUACCUAUUGGACGAUGACAGGGAUGGCACAUCUAGCGGGGACGGCAUGCCAUUGAUGGGGGGCAACUAGGCCAGACGUUGACCAAUCCUUCAAUGUGUUGAUUUUUUUUUCUUCUGGGUUCAAAGUUUCUUAUGACUGCUAUGCUUUCCUGCCUAUACCCAACGUGCAACCAAAUAUGCAUGGGCUACAUCUGCUAUACUGUUUAUUUGUUGCUGUAUUAUUUUGCUCCUUCCAUCGUACCACGAUAGCUAUCGAGGUUUCCCCGUGUAUUGAUACCUUGACCAUAUCCCGAGUCUGAACGUUGAACGCUUCGACCAUUG